AUGACUGGAUCAGAUGAAGAAUUUGAAAUAGGAGAUAUCCUUGAAGUAAAAAAAAAGAAAAAUGGGUUCAUUUACCUAGUGAAGUGGAAGGGCUACUCGGACGAUGAGAACACAUGGGAACCAGAAAGUAACUUAGUCCAUUUAACAGCCUUCAAAAAAAAAAUGGAACAUUUGAAGUCUACUUAUUUAAACAAAGUCCAUACAACCCACAACGAUGGUAAUAUGUUAAAAAACCACAUAUCGUCACCAUCCUCGUUGCAAGAAGAAGUUAGCACCACUGAUAUCGUCAAAAACAAGAGUAAGAAUCCACUAAUUUCAAAAAAAAAAAGUAAUAAGAAGAGCGUAACGAACAAAUUGGAAGCAAAAAAAAUGUUAUCUCCACUUUCCGAUACUUCACAAAAAAUGAGUGACGACGAAUAUAACGAAUCAAUUAAACAAGAAACCAUCGAAAAUCCUCACGAUAGCUCUUUGCUAAAUGUAGAAGAUGUGUACAGUGUCCGAAUUAAAAAUAGAAAGAUGGAAUUCUUGGCUAGCUUGAAAAACGCCUCGCCACAAUGGGUAGAAGAGUCCAAUAUACGAAGAACAGGACAUCUAAACAUAAAAGUAAACGAUUUUAAAAAAUACAUACGGAGGAAAAAAACUUCCAAGGAAAGUAGAAUUGUUAUCAAAAAUUUGCACAACGUUGGAGACGAGUUGUACAUUUCGGUUAUACACAAUAUAAAUAAUAAAGAAAUUCACAGCUUGUACCCUUCGAAAGUUAUUGAAUACAUAUACCCACAAGAACUCUUAAAUUUUCUUCUGUCAAGACUUCGAUAUCGAACAGCCUAA